CUAGCACCGUCUGCAGCUCGGCCGAGCUAACGACGUGACGUCACACGCAGAAUCUUCACAACUAAUCCGAAAUGGCGACGGCAAUAUAUUUGGAACAUUAUCUAGAUAGUAUUGAAAACCUUCCAUGUGAACUCCAGAGAAACUUCACACUGAUGCGAGACCUGGACAACAGGACUGAAGAAAAAAAGGUGGAGAUCGACAAGCUGGCCGAGGAGUACAUAGCGAAGGUGAAGAACCUGGCGUCGGAGCAGCGGGUGGAGCACCUGCAGAAGAUCCAGAGCGCCUACAGCAAGUGCAAAGAGUUCAGUGACGACAAAGUGCAGCUGGCCAUGCAGACUUACGAGAUGGUGGACAAACACAUACGGCGGCUGGACGCCGACCUGGCGCGCUUUGAGAACGAGCUGAAGGAGAAACUGGAAGUGAGCGGCUACGAAAGUGCAGACGGACGAGCGCUGAAAAAAACGGAGUCCCGCGGCCUCCGAGAGAAGCGUGGUUCUCGGGGACGAGGAAGGAAAGGCUCUGAUGAGGAUUCGCCUAAAAAGAAAAAGAUCAAAAACAGCCCGGAGUUGAGCGACGCCCUCCUGCCCAUGCAGCCGUCGGACGUGCUGGACAUGCCGGUGGACCCCAACGAGCCCACCUACUGCCUGUGUCACCAGGUGUCGUACGGGGAGAUGAUCGGCUGCGACAACCCCGACUGUCCUAUCGAGUGGUUUCACUUCGCCUGCGUCGACCUCGCCACAAAGCCCAAAGGAAAAUGGUUCUGUCCACGAUGCACUCAAGACAAGAAGAAAAAAUAAGAAGAACUAUGUCUAAUUAUAUUGCGCUAGUAGCAUAGUGUGAUUAUAUACAGAAAUAUAUAUUUUAGCUCCUCUUCAUAUAAGCUUUCUUAAAAAGGCCUAAUGUGUAUUUUAGGGGUGUAACGGUACAGCAAAAAUCAUGGUUCGGUACGCAACCUGGUUUUGAGGUUGUGGUUCAGUUCACUUUGGGUACAAAAGGCAACAAAAUGAACAAGAUAAAAAAUUAAUUUCUUUUGUGUCAACAAGAACACAUUUAAUGGCUUAAAAUCAAACAAAACGGCAAACUGUUAGCAGUAACUUCUCCAAAUAAAUGAAAGACUCAAAUAAACAAAAUAAUGUAUUCAAUAAAAUUUAAAUAAAUAUUUUGAAAUAUGUAACAGCUUGACUGUCAACUGUCUUUUUAGGAAAGUGCAACAACAAUAGUUUGUCUUAUUUUUAGGAAAGUGUGACGAGUAGUUUUUAUUUAUUGGUGGUUCAACAUCAGUAGUUUAUUUUAUUUUUAGGUAAGUGCAACAACUCCAUUUAGUCUUUUUGGGAAAGGCCAACAUCAGGAGUAUGUUUUCUUUUUAGGAACGUUCAACAUCAAUAGUGUGUCUUCUUUUGGGGAAGGUGCAGCCUCAGCAGUUUGUUUUCUUUUUAGUAAAGUGCUACCUCACCAUUUUGUCUUUUAAGGAAAGUCCAACAUAAUAGUUUCUUUUGGGAAAGUCCAACAUCAAUAAUUUGUAUUCUUUUUACGAAAAUGCAGAAUCAACAGUUUGUGUUCUCUUUUGGAAAGUGCGAUAGUAUUUAUUUUUUUUUCUUGGGAAGUGAAAUGUCAUUAUCCAAUAUUCACAUUUGUGGGAUGCCAGAGUUUGGCUGUCAGUUUGUCAGCGUAGUGUGGGAACUUCAAUGUUCCAUACCCAAACAUCCAAACACGAACACAUGUACCAUUACACCCCUAAUAGUUCCACUUGAGCACCAUCACACCGAGAAGCUUUCAAAUUUACUCGCGAUUUGUGCACACUGGGUUUGUUUUGUAACACAAGCCCUGUAUCAUCCAGCAUUUUCCCGUCGUCGGGGGUAGUAUCAAGGCUGGAGCAAAAGGUAACGUUGCAAUGCUGGAACAGACCCCGAUGCACACUUAUCAUCUCGGCGUGGUGUGUUGAAAGUAAUUGCGGCAGUACCUCAUUUUUGCCAGACUGUGUAAAAGGCAAAGGUUGUUGGAUUUUCUAAAAUGGCAAUUUUGCGGGAUUUAUGCUCCCAUCGCCCCAUCACACCGCUCCUCCAAUUAUUGGACAGUGUACAUCGUAACAUAUUUUAGGAUACUUGAAAAUUCAAUUUAUGAGAGUUAUUUUUAUAAAUGCCUGCUGAGAAAUAAAGCUUUUUUUUUUAAUGUCCUCACUGAGAUUGGUGGCGGUGAACCAAGAGUGUCAGAUAUUUCGUGUACCUACUACCUCCAGCACUGAUGUUUAAUCAAGAUCGAUCUGCUCAAACCAAACCCAUAAAACAUGGUGUUCGUCGUCAGAUUAUUAUAUAUAUUUUUUUUUUACAAAAAUGAAUAAAAACGUGACCUUGUUGAAUGUAUUGUGGUACUAGUGGUCGGUGAUAUUAAAAGCACUUUUAACAAAUGUUCUCCAUUUUAGAGGUUUGACACUUCAAAGUUUAUGUUAUUAAAUCUAAUUUCAAACCUCAGACUAUUUGAAAAGAAAAUAUCAGUUAUUAGUUCAUCUAAUUUUUGUGGGGGUUUUGCCCGCUAACAAACCAUUUAAUCAGCUUUAAGUGUCCUAUCGCAUGGUUGACUGUGAACAUAAGUCAUGUACGCCACAGAUAAAGAGCCAAAGGCAAUGUAUUUUGUAUAUUCAGUAUUUUAUAUAUCAAAUAAAUAUUCUCUACUAUUCA